AUGAAGCGCACACAUACCUUGGGCAAUGCUGUUUGGAACAGUGAGCGCAACGAAAUAUCAUCACCCACAAGAUCGACCCCCCAACAGCUGUCAACUCAACCUCUCCCGAUGGGCUCGCUCAGACCAAUUGCCCCUAUCAGGAUCUCCACAAGACCAUCCAGUCGCCAGGAAUCUGCGGCGUCAUUGUUGGUAUCGUCGUCGUCGUCGUCGACCUCGGCUUCUUCAUCCACAACCCUUGAAUUCAGGAGUAGAGACGAUGAAGAGCGAGCAAAGGCAGGCGCGACUCUGCCGCGAGCCAGCGACAGCACGGACGCCACAUUAUAUGCAAGGAUGAACACUCUUUUGCACCAAGUCCAUGCUUCCCGAUUUGGCAUUCCUGACGAAUUGCCACCAGCCGACGAUGGCAGGACUCUGCCAGCACAGAACGGACCUAGUGCGCCUGAAUUACGGCAGCAUCCACAGGAUCCAGCUCAAGCUUUUACCGCCAAUACCGCCUGGCAACAGCACCACCAGCAGCAGCAGCAGCAACAGCAGCAAACAAGGAUCAUUGCAGCCAACACUGCAUGGAGCCAGCAACCAGCUGGACCCUCCACCAACACGGCGUGGUAUCAGCAGCAACAAAGGAAUGCGAUAUUGGCCGCCCAGAUGGUGGACGAGGACGAUGAGAUGGCGGACGUGAAUGAGACGCAGGGCUUCGGUGCGUCCUUCUCCGCGAAUGGCUACCGAACUCCUCACGGAAUAAAUGGGAACCUGGGUUCUCAACAAGGAUACGUCUUGAAUCAGCAUCUCUCGCAUCAACAACAACAACAACAACAACAACAACAGCAGCAGCAACAACAACAGCAGCAACAGCAACAGCAGCAACAGCAGCAGCAACAUCAACAACACCAACAAUCAGCUCAACAGCGGCAGUCAGGACAGACUGCGGAGGAGCAAAACUUGUACCAUACCAUCAACUCUCAGCUCCGAGCCGCCUUCCUUACCCGUUCUGAGAUGGACAAGCGGUAUCGAUGA